AUGAUUUCCCCGUGGCGUUCAAACGUGACCGGUGCCCGAUGUGUUCCUGUGACGUCUUCCUUGUCGUUCUCCAAUGGCGAAUGGCGUUAUCCUCGACAGACCUCGAGAGAGCGGGAACGAGAGCCCACCAUCGAAGACGACGAAGACGGACACCUCAUUUACAGAAUUGGAGAUGUUCUCACAAACAAGUGGAAAAUCGUGGCUUCGUUGGGCGAGGGAACUUUUGGAAAAGUACUUCAAGUCAAGGAUGUCGAUAAUCCCGAUAACGUGAUCGCGCUUAAAGUAAUUAGAAAUGUUGGAAAAUACAGAGAAGCGGCCAAAUUGGAAAUAAAUGCUUUACAAAAAAUAGCGGAAAAGGAUCCCGAUGGGAAAUAUUUAACUGUUAAAAUGUUAUGUUAUUUCGAUUUGAGUGGUCACGUGUGUAUAGGAUUUGAAAUGUUGGGUCUUAGCGUUUUUGAUUUUUUGAAAGACAACAAUUAUCAACCGUAUCCGUUAGAACAUGUGAGACAUAUCACUUAUCAGUUAUGUUAUGCAGUGAAAUUUCUUCACGAUAAUAAAUUAACACACACAGAUCUCAAACCCGAGAACAUAUUGUUUGUAGAUUCCAGCUAUGAAACCAUAUACAAUGCUAAAAAGAAAAGAGAAGUCAAAAGGGUGAAACGUUCGGAUGUUAGAUUAAUAGAUUUUGGUAGUGCGACAUUUGAUCACGAACACCACAGUACAAUAGUAUCAACAAGACAUUAUAGAGCUCCCGAAGUCAUUUUAGAAUUAGGAUGGUCUCAACCGUGUGACGUUUGGUCAAUCGGAUGCAUCAUGUUCGAAUUGUAUUUGGGUAUAACGUUGUUUCAAACUCACGACAACAGAGAGCAUCUCGCUAUGAUGGAAAGAAUACUAGGUACCGUACCCUACAGAAUGGCUAGAAAAACCAAAACGAAAUAUUUUUACCACGGAAAAUUGGAUUGGGACGAUAAGAGUUGCGCGGGGAGAUACGUUAGAGAAAAUUGUAAACCCCUUCACAGGUAUCAGGCAGCCGACGACGAAGAACACGCACAAUUAUUCGAUUUGAUGCAGAGAAUGUUAGAAUACGAUCCGAGUCAGAGAAUAUGUUUGGGCGAUGCUCUCAGGCAUCCGUUUUUCGACAAAAUUCCACCGCAUCAAAGGCUCAGCGAAGACGACCGCGAAAGGAGCCAUUCUUUAUCUCGGUGA